AUGGCCAACAAAAGUGACAAUCUCACAGCCGUCCUGUACGGCAUUGAGGAUCUACGCUUGGAGCAGCGUCCAAUCCCAGUUCCAAAGGAGGAUGAGGUGCUGCUGGCAAUGGAUGUCGUCGGUAUCUGUGGUUCAGAUGUGCACUACCUGGUCAAGGGACGCAUCGGGGAUUUCAUCGUGAAAAAACCCAUGGUCAUAGGUCACGAAGCGGCAGGUAUUGUGUCCCAGGUAGGGUCUAAGGUGAAGCAUCUGCAAGUGGGUGAUCGUGUUGCGAUCGAACCCGGUUACGGAUGCCGUACGUGCGAGUACUGUAAGAGCGGUGCGUACAAUCUCUGUGCGGAUAUGAUAUUCUGCGCCACGCCUCCGUACGAUGGCAAUCUGACCCGGUACUUUGCCCAUCCGGCGGACUUUUGCUACAAACUUCCGGACCACGUAACAAUGGAGGAGGGAGCCUUGCUGGAACCGCUCUCCGUCGGUGUGCAUGCAUGUCGCCGGGCAAACGUUGGAUUGGGUUCACAGGUGUUAAUUCUCGGUGCAGGUCCCAUCGGUCUGGUAACGCUCAUAGUGGCCAAAUCAAUGGGUGCCGGUAAGGUGCUCAUUACCGAUCUGCUGCAAAAUCGUCUAGACGUGGCGAAGGAGUUGGGCGCUGACGAAACGUUUGUCAUACCCAAGGAUGCGACCGAGGCCGAACUGGUAAAGGCUAUUCAUGAGCUGAUGGGUGGCGCACCUGAUAAAACGAUCGAUUGUAGCGGUGCGGAAGCAACGGCUAGGCUAAUGAUUUUGGCCACCAAAGCUGGAGGUGUGGGCGUAAUGGUGGGCAUGGGUGCACCCGAGGUAAAGCUGCCACUGGUCAAUGCACUGGCACGCGAGGUUGACAUCCGUGGUGUAUUCCGGUAUUGCAACGACUACCCGGUGGCUUUGAGUUUGGUUGCGAGCGGUAAAGUGAACGUAAAGCGGCUCGUUACGCAUCAUUUUAACAUUGAAGAAACGGCCAAAGCUUUCCAUACGACCCGUCACGGCGUAGAUGGUGCAAUAAAGGUAAUGAUCCAUGUACAACCAAAAGAUAAAAAUAAUCCGAAAUAG